CCAACAUUCCCCAACCACCCGCAGGUGCCCAUCAGCUUCAUGGACUUGGCCGUGCGGUUCUCCGAGGAGGAGUGGAGGCUGCUGGAGGAGCAGCAGCGGGAGUUCUACCGAGACGUGAUGCGGGAGAACUACGAGACGCUGGUCUCCGUGGGGACAGAUGAGCUGCUUCCCCUUUCUGCUUUUCUGUCACCUACGGAGCCUGGAGCAGCUAUGGGAGGAGGGAGUCGAGGUGAUAAGGGGCAGGAGCCUCCUGUAAAGGGAAGCCCCCAGGGAAGACAGCCUCGGCACAGCCUGCACCUCACCGCCCUGGUGCAGUUGGUGAAGGGGAUCCCAGAGUUCUUGUUCCGGGAAGUCAAGGGCACUGAGGACAGCCCUGAGAGCAGGGGAACCAGCCUGGACGGGGAAAGAGCAAGCCCUGAGGUGACCGUGGAAGAGGAGUCUUGCCCUCCCCCAGGUCUGCUCAGCUGCCUUCCGGACAGCCCGGUGAGCCAGCCCAGCCUGGCCACUACACCGACCAGCAGCUCGUCCUCCAGUGGCCCGCCUGGAGAUGGGGGGCCCGGAAGGCCCCUCCUCAUCAAAACUGUGGACAGACCAUGGCCAACAGGAAGGGGAGGCCCAGGAACGCCUGCUGAGGAGCUGAGCCCUCCCAGCUGCAGCUCUGGCCAGAGGAAGAGCCACCAAACCCAGGAGAGAGGGACCCCAGGGACUGGAAUCUCUCCUGGGAAUAGCCCCUUGCAAGGCCUCAUCAACUGCCUGAAAGAAAUCCUUGUGCCUGGGCCCCAGAAUGCUGAGGCAGCACCAAACUUACUACCUGCUGUCCCUCUCCUGGGUGCAUCAAGGUUGACCACGGUGAAGCCAGGGCCAGCAAGCCCACCCUGGCCAGUGAAGACUGAGUCACCUUCGGGGGAUCCUCCUCUCCAGGGUCUGCUGAACUGUCUGAAGGAGAUCCCAGAGGCCCAGGACAGGUGUCCCAACCCCUCAGGAGCAGGGGACCUGCUGCUACAAGAGGAUCCAGGGACCUUGAAUAAGAAUUCUGAAGGGUCCAGACACCUCCAGACCCCUCCUUCCUGCCCUGGUACUGAAGCUGGCAGCUCAUUCACUGUGGUCAAGGUAGAGGACAGCUGGUCCCAGAGCCACUUGGAGCCUGUAUCCUGCCAGCUUGGUAGGCAGGGCCAUGGCCUCUCUGCUACCAGAGACACCAAAGGGAUCGGAACACACUGCUGGGGCCCCACAGCUCAAGCCAGCAGGGCCUCAAGCUCACCACUGGCAGCUCUGGAGGCCUGCCUGAAAGGCAUUCCCCCAGGUGGGUCAUCACCACUCCGGACACUGGCCACCUCUGUGUCCCAGCGGUCAGAGCUGCAGUCUCAAGGAUCACACAGUGAAGAGGCCACCAAGGAGCCACCUCUGCCUCUGGGCCUGCAGGGCUAUGUGAGAGAGAGUCUGGCUCAGCCCUCAGGCCCCCGAGGCACCCCCACCAGCUUUUCCUCAGCCUGCAGCACCGAUGGGGACCUGGAAUUUGGGAGUCCUGGGGGGAGCCAGGGACAGCGGCCUGGAAAAGGAUGCCUGCCAGGAAGCUCCCCACUCCAGGGGCUGGAGAACUGUCUCAAAGAGCUGCCGGUACCCAGGCAGCAGCCUGCCCGGGCUUGCUUCUCAGCAGCAGACAGGGAGCCCAGGAGAGUGGAACCUAAGAAUUGGAUGGCAUACAAGGAAGGACUGAGGGGUGAGGCCUCUGAGUCAUCCUGCCUCAGACAGGGUGGAGAAGUGCCUGCCGGGAGCCUGCAUCUGACCAGCCCACAGGCCUUCACCUCCAGCUGCAUCCGCACCUGCCACCAAGGGUUCAAAGAACAGGGGACCAUCAGGCCGGAGCCGUGGAAAUGGCUGCAAGAUGGGGCAGCCCCCAGGCCCUCCCCACUGCACUGUCUAGAGACCUCUCUGAGGGGGAUCUUGCCUGUGAGGCCCUUGCGCUUCGCCUGCUUGGUGGGCCCGGGCCCUGGCCCUGGCCCCGGCCCCAGCCCCAGCCCUGGCGCCAGCUCAAGCCUCAGCAGCUCUGAUGAAGAUGCGCGGAUGGAACCCGAGCCCUGGCGGCCACCCCUUCAGGAGAUAGAGCACCUUCGCAGCUGCAAGCAUCCAGUUCCUCUGUCCCCUGGACCUGGUAGGUCCCCCGGAGGCAACAGUGGCAGCAGCCCUCGUGACGGGCAUGAAAGAAGAGAGCUUGAGGACCGCAGUGGCCUUGGUGCAGGAAAAGCAGAAGGGACAGGAGGCAAGUCCCGGUCACCCAGGAGAGAAGAGGCUGCAGAGAGUGCCUGCCUACCCAUCCCUCUCAGCAGUGUCGCAGGAGGAGGAGAGGCAGCAGGGCAUCCCUGGUCUGCCCCUCAGCUGGAAGAAAGGCCCGGGUCCGGGGGAGGUGAAGAACCCAGAAGCCUAGAGCCUAGAUGUGGAAGGCACAGUGUUGCAGCCAGGACCCAAAGGAGGCAGCUCCCCAGGGACCCACCUGAGCCACCCAGCAAGUGUCCCCCUCCGGCAGCUGACUCACCGUUGUGGCCAGCUGCCUCCCCGCAGCCACCAUGCCCCUGCGGGAGGCCCCUGCAACAGGAGCUGCACAGUCUUGGUGCUGCGCUCACAGAGAAGCUGGACCAGCUGGCCACAGCCCUGGCAGGACUGGCUCAGGAAGUAGCCACAAUGAGGACCCAAGUGGAUCGGCUGGGGAGGCGCCACCAGGGUCCUGGGCCAAAGCGCCAGGCUUCCUGGCCCUGGUCACUCCCCCGGGGGCCUCGCUGGGCCAAUGGACUGGGUCACAGACACAUGCCCUACUGGAGGCAAAAGGGCCCUGCCAGACCUAAACCAAAGAUCCUGCGGGUCCAAGCAGAAGGCUGCCGGACAGGUGACCCCCUGGGACUCCCCAGAGGGAGGGUCCACCUGGUGCCCCCUGAUGCUCCCCCAGCAGAACCUUCCAGACCCAGACCCAGCCCAUCCCAGCAGCCCCCCUCCAUGGCACCCAACUGCCACACUGUGCUGACUGGGCACCCCCUUCUUGGACAUCCUGGGUGCCAAGGCCCUCUCCCCACUUUUGUGCCUGCUGCCUCCCCCCUGAUGUCUCUUGCAACAAGUGCAGACAUGGAGCCGCUGCCUGCAGGGGCAGCACCAGUCAGGGUCCAAACCAGGCAAGGAUCUUCGCAGCCUGUGGGAGAGCCCUCCUGGGGACCCUCUGGGGUGGUGAACACAGGAGCCCACGGUGAGGCCCCUCAGCAGCUCAGCUGUCUGAGGACGCAGGGCACCCCGGGUGCCCCUUGCCAGCCCCAGGCUGCCCUCUACCAGGGUGGGCCUUCCUCCCCUGGCUGCUGGCGUCCCCUUGCCAGACGCCCGCCCUUUGCCCUGGUUGUGCCAGCUCAGUGGCGUCUGCUCAGGAGGCUGCUGUGGGGUGCACUCCUCACUAUGCCUCUGGUGUCUUGGCUCAGGUUCAGUCAGAUGCUGCUCCCUCCUGUCCUCACGAGGACCAUCCACACUCAGGCGGUGGUGUGCGCGCACACAGAGCCGUGUAUCGUGACCAUGAGGCCCUUUCCCUGGCCACCGCCCCUCCUGAUCUUGGAGCCCAGCAGAGGGCUGGGCCCUUGCUUUCCCGGAGUAAAUGCUGGCACAUGUGGUUUUGAGAGAACUCUGCCCUGCGGUCUAAGCUGGAUGACCAGUGUGGGUUCUAAAGGACGUUAGCUGCUGAGGAAGGGCCCUUGGCUCCUAUAGGAAGGCACUUGGUGGGGGCCCACACUGGGGCAUGGUUGGCUGGACUGGGCCCCCAGUACAGUGGGGACAAUGCAGCUCAGUGUCCCACAUACACGCACCACUGGAGAUGCCAAGGCACCUUACAGUGCUGCUCCCAAGGGGCUAGCCUGAGGCUGCCCAACAAGUGCACAGGCUGGCGUUGCACGCCCGAAGCCUGAGCUCAGGAUCCUCAGGGUUGGUUCUUUCUGCUGGCCACGAGGGCAGGUCUGUACCGGACUCUGUGCACAGGCACAGAGAGGUGCCAUCUUUGUAUCUGCAGUGUCUUGUGCAUCUCUGUCUCCAGGUACCUGCUUUGUGUCAGGGUGCCAGCUGUGUUGGGGAGGCCUGCCCACUUCUAUAAAGACCCCCUUUUUAAGUAAGGCCUGAGGUCCUGGGCACAGGCUGGGACACCCGCCCAUAACACACAAGGGAAUGGGGUCAGUCUUGGAUUUGUGUUGGACACCAGUGACAUGACCACUGUCACUAAGCAGGCUCCCGCCCUGCUGGGUGGGACAGACCAGCCUGUGGCCCUGUCAUGGACACUGGACAGUGCUCCAGUGCUGCUCACCUCAUCUCCAGAGCCAGGGCUCCACCCACAUCCUCAUUUAAUCUGAAGAACGUCCAGGAACUGUGCCGAUGCACACAGGGCCCUAGGGACCCUGGGUGCCCCUGCUAAAGCCCAAGGCCACAAGGGACCUCUGUCCACAAUGACCACGCAAGCUGCUUUGCCCAGUGUAUCCCUAAGGCGUGGGCCACUGGAGACAGCUGUGACCUGAUGCCCCUCCAGGUCCUGUGUGGGGCUCACCCCUCCUUGCUGCUGGCUGCCAGUGGUGUGUCAGCAGAGCAGCCCGGGGCAGAGACCACCACAAAGGGGCAUUUAAGGUACUUACAGGACCAGAGCAAGUGCCAAGCUGAUGGCGUGGAAGUCAGCAUGCGUCAGAUUGUGUAGGCAGGAUGUUGACUGGAAGAAGUGGCCUCUCCCCAGCUGUGCUGACAGGACGGACGGGGAAAGUCCUCAGCUCCUGUUCCAGAGUAGCACUGGGCACCUUUCAGCACCAACAGGCAGGGGUAGGAUGCAGACUGGCUGGAGAGGUGUCCCACGUGGGUGGCCUUGCCUGGAGGGAGGGAAUUCUGUCAUCUGCUGAAACACGCCCUCUCCUUUCUUCUCUCCCUUCUAAGCAGGGGCAGUGGGAAGGGUCCCACUUUGAGUGGGACAUCAAGGUAGGUUUUGUUCCCUGGGCUUUACAGACAGGCAGCACAUGAGCCCUAUGCCACAGGGGCAAAGGGACAGUUUGGCACAUGAAAUACUUGCUCAGGGUCGCAGCUGCUGACGGUAGAGCUGGAAAGAGCAUUCUCAUUGUGCCCAGCACUUGGCCCUUCCUCCUCGGUGCGCCACCUCCUCCUGCCUGAGCCUGCCCCUGACAGGAGAGUCAGGACUGACCCAGGCCAGGUUGUCCAGGGCUCACCAGACUACUGUGGUCAAAGAAGUGUGGACCAUGGGAUGUGAAUGGUCAAAUGGUAGGAAGUUCCCUGACAGGCAGCUGUGUUCAUCUUGCAGGAAGCAGGUCUCUAGCGUCUUCCACAAUUGCUAGCCGAAGAGCCUUCUAGAGUCUGAUUUGAUGAGAGGCUAUAUACAAUAUAAGUAUUUGGUGCUGUGUCCAGCUGCUGUGCAGGGGCUCUUUUGGAAAAGAAAUAUAGCCACUUUGAGGAAAACAGGACCUUUCUGAGGGGCCUGGAGGUGGGGACAACGAAGGCUCCAGGUCUGCAUGCCACCAUCCUGGGAAGCAGCUCCCAGCUGGCCUGAGUGCAGGUCCUCCCUCCCUCCCCACCCAGCUCAUGAGGGGCCCUCCGCCUACUCCAUCUCCCCCUGCCAGCCCAAGCCCUCAUGAGGCAGGAAAGUGGGAAGGUCCCACUCAGAUGUGAGUAGUUUUCCCAUGUCCCCACCCAAGCCACCCCUAAGUGUCCAGUGGAAUUGGGGGAGAGAGUACAGGGACCACAGUUCACUGCCUGUCAACACCAUGCGGUUCACUGCUCCCUCCUAAAGGGGCCUCAUGCACUGGUAGCCAGAUUGCUCUUGGGUUUAUUAAUACUUUUUUAGAUAUUGAUGAAGCUUUAUUUUAUUUAUUUAUAUGCGGUGCUGAGAAUCGAACCCAGGGCCUUACACACGAUAGGCAAGUGCUCUACCCCUGAGCCACAACCCCAGCCCCGCCAGAUUGCUCUUGACCUCACAUCUGCAUGUGUUAAAUGUGCCUCCUAUCAACCAUCUACAUGUGGAUUUUAUCCCAUAAUCCAUCUUAAAUUUUAUUCUGGGACCCCUUAACCCAUUUAAAUGUAACAAUUACAGAUAAUACUUAGGAUUGAAUGUAGCAUCGUAGUGUGUGCCCUGUAUUUACCCCACAUGUUCAAGGGUUUUAUUUUUGAUGUUGUCAUUUAUUUGGGAUUUUCUCUCCUCCUCCUCAUUCUUUUCCUCUUUCCUGUCAAGUUUGGAUUGACAGUGUUGCUGUGGGUCAGCAGUGGGGGCAGUUCUCAUUCAUUCCAUUUUUCCCUGCGCUACUUUAAAGGACUAAUAGUAGAAAGCUCCAAAUUGACCAUCAUCUGGGAUAUUUCCUCAAAGGUUGAUAAGACAGAUCAGGAAGGAUACACAAGAUCUGAACAAGCCAAUUAACAGAAUCAGCCUGAUCAGGGGACACAGAACACUGCACCGUAGGACUACUGAACACAAGUUCUUUACAAGCAGAUGCCAAACAUUAAAAAAGAAAAAAAAAAAAAAGGACCAAGCAGUUUAAACAAAUGUAAAAGUAUUGAGAUCAUAUGAGUAUGUUCUCUGACUGACCAUGCCUUAUCUUUUAAGCUAGAAUCAAGCAGCAAAAUGUAACCAGAAAUUCUGUAUAUUCAAAAAAUCGGAAUUAUACUGCUAAAAUAUCACAUCAAUGAAGACAUCAUAAUGAAAGCUAGAAGCAUCUAGAACUGUAAGGAAAUGCCAUGUAUCCAAACUUGUAGCAUAAAGCCAAGUACUUGGGCACAGGUGAGCUCGUGAUGGCUGGGAACUUAGAAGCUGCCAACUGAACAGCAGAGCAAGUCCACGCCGGAGUGAGUGGGGAGAAAGAGACAGCAGAAAAUAAUGAGAUAGCAUACUGCAAAAGAUGGAGUCAGCACCACCCAAAAUGUCAUUACCACAACCAAUAACUGAUUGGGCUGUGGUGAAAUUUGUCAAGGGGAAGAGAGAGCACAGCCAGGCUCCAUGGCGCAUGUCUGUAAUCCCAGCACCUGAGGAGGCUGAGGCAGGAGGGUGGCAAGUUCGAGAUCAGCCUCAGCAACUUAGAAAGAAAAUAAAGCACAAAUCUGCUUCAGGAAUGGAAAGGGUGCAUGACUUCAGUACCACAGACAAGAGGAAGAUAAGAUGAUACAGGCAACUUUUUGCCAAAAAUCUGAAAAUUUAGUUAGAAUAUUAAGCUCCCACAAGAAUACACUUUUAAAAAACAUAAAAAUUGUUAUAUUAAUGUGGUAACAUGGAAUGUUUUGAUACAUCCAUACUUUAGGUAAUGUGAAACAUAUCUGUGCCUUCAAAUCGUUACCAUUUCUUUCUUUUUGUUUUUUAGUUGUAGUUGGACACAAUACCUUUACUUUAUUUCUAUGUGGUGCUGAGGAUCCACCCACGGCCCCACACAUGCUGGAUGAGUGCUCUACUGCUGAGCCACAACCCCAGCCCUCAAAUCGUUACCAUUUCUUUACGGUGAAAACUUUAAUUUACUCUUACCUCUUGCUUAGUUUUCAGAAUGAAAAGCGUGUGGCCCACUUAGACUUGAUGAGGUAUUCAGGCAAUCUGCAUUACUAUUCUUUAAAAAAGUUAUCCCUUAUAUUUCCUCCUUUGCCCUCACGGCCUCUUUAUGACCCCUUUCUCCCAACGCAUACAUAUUUGAAUAAAGUUCCUGAUGAGGAAACAGGCAAAAAAAAAAAAGACACCUUUAAACAGAACCAUCGAGAGAGAAAACCAGAGCAGUUCUAUACCAAUGAAAAAAAAUUGCUUCCAUCAUGAAACAUCUUUCUGUAAAAGAAGCCGCAGGCCUGGAGGUGGCAUGGGGACUUUCUUCCUCCCAUUUGCAGGGGAAUUAUGUCAACAAUACACAAUCCUCUCCAGAGGAACAGAGAAACAUGGUCUCUUUAGCUGGUUUAUGAGACAAGCAUAACCUUGAAAGUGACUUCAGAAGCAUAAUCCAGAGAAGAAAAUCACUGGCCAGUCUCAGAACAUGUACACAGAAGCAGAAUCCUAAAUAAAAUAUUCCCAAAUCACCCAUCCACGUGUAAGAAUAAUAAAAUACCAUAGCCAGGAAUGGUGGCACGCUCCCAUAGAAUCCCAGCUCCUCGGGAGGCUGAGGCAGGAGGAUUGCAAAUUCAAGGCCAGCCUGGUAACUUGUGGACCCUGUCUCAAAAUAAAAAGGGCUGGGGACGUACCUCAGUGAUAGUGCAUCCCUGGGUUCAAUCCCUAGGACCAAGAAGAAAGAAGGAGAAGAAGACAUCAUGGCCAUGUUUGAUUUUUGAAAUUCAAGAAUGAUUUUUGACAAUUGAAAAUCACCAAUAGUAACUGGCAUUCCUACUGAAGGAAGAAAAUUGUGAUCAUCUCAAUGGCUACAGAAAGACCAUGUGAUCAAAGCCCACACCUGUACGUAUUCUAAAUAAGUUAGGAUGAAAAAGGAAAUUUCUUACUUUGGUAAAAAUUGCAAACAAACAAGAAAAUAUGCCACUUAACGGUGGCAUAUUUAAGUGUAUCCUCAGCCUGGGAACAAGAGAGUCCCCUCAGACACUAUUAUCAGAUAUUCUAGCCAGGUCAGGCAGGAAGAAAACAAAGGUUUGAG